AUGGCUCACAGCAAAGGUGUGCAUUUCUCGCACGACGACGAGGAGAUCGUCAUCAACAACGGCAACACCACGACGCCCGAACUUUCCCCCUCCGCCAGCCCUUCGGUGUCUGAGGCGUCGCUCCCAUCAUCAGACGGCACCCUCGUCUACCACCAAGCGGGCCUGAGCACGUCCAUGCUCGACGCCCAGAAGAAGCCCUGGGAUGUCUAUGAGGAACGCGAGGAAAGCAACACUGACAACGAGUGCGCCACAGGAGACGAGUACGUCGACGGGGUACUCGUCCGGAUCGCGAACUGCAAGUAUCUCAGCAACCCCAUCCCCAUCAGCGCUGGGAAGAACGGCCGACUCACCGUGGGCCGGUUCUACUCUGCGAUCUACGAGCACCUCCAUCAAAGCAUCACCACCGAGCUCAGCCGCCUCGCACCCGAGGACGAGGUGAAGAUCACGGCGGCUUCCAAGGCUAGGUGUGUCAAGCAAGGGAAGGCCACCCAUGAUGGCGUUCGUCGAGUCGACUACCUUCUCGGCCGGCACGUCCUCAAGCAUGUCUUCGCCGUACCGGGAGAAAGCUCGUGGAGCUUAGAGUUCACGACGCCGUCGCCGGACAACACACCUCCUGGACGUCGUUCAGCCUAG